CGAUAAUAAUACACUGUAGCAGCUGUUUUCAUUAUUUGGCAAUUACCAAUUAAUUGUAUUUGCAAACAUACGUUCGUGCUUAUCGUUCAUAUCUAAAUGGAAAUAAGGAAGUCUAAUGACAUUGCUAUGGAAAAUAAGGACAUCAUGACAAAUGCUACUUCUGUAUUUGGAAACUUCCCAUUACCAAGGACUGUUUUACGACAAUGUUCAAAGAGCACAAAUAUUAUUCAUGCGAUAAAUAGAUUAUUCAGUAUGUAUCAUCCCAAUGAUGGUAUAGCUGCAUACGAACAUGUGUUAAAAACUCUUCUUGUUUUAUCUGAGAAUUUCGAUAAUAACACUCAGCAACAGAUCAUUUCUAUGGUACCAUUGCCAAAUUAUGCUUCAAACGAAGCAAUUAGAGAUAUAAUGUAUAAAAUUACUGGUUUAAUUAGAACAGCUGAUAGCAUGACCACAUGCCAAAAAAUUACUGUCGUUCCUGAAUACAAGCAUGGUGCAGAAGUUUCAACUGAGAAACCGAAGAUUCAUUUAAAUCAGAAUGUUUUGAUUGAUGCAUCUUCUCAAAAUGUUGAACUAGAUGAAAAUUUCGUACCUUCGGUACCGGAAGUAUUUCGAGGUUUUCCUCCUAAUGAAAUUUCUAUGAUUCAUAGUCACAUAAGGAAUGUGAAUUAUGUGUACGAUACAUUAGAUUCCAAUAUUCCAUGCAUAGAACCAUGUAUCAAUCUUAGACAAAAUUUUGCAUUGCAAACUAACAAACAAGAAGAAUCACCAAAAUAUCAGCCAAACUUACAAUUUAAAUGGAUUCAUACACCUCAUCCUAUAUAUAAAAAUAAUACUUACCAAGUUACUACACCCACUUGUCAAAAAAGUUGCCUCAAGUCAAUGGACAAUAAAUGUAUUCAAUUACCCAUUAAUAAGGUCAAUAAUUAUAAGCAUUGGAAUGUAGCUAACAUGUCACAUAUCCCACACCAGGAAAGUACAUGUUGCAAAAAGAAAUUAUGUAAAACUGGAAUAAUUUCAAAUAAACAAAAUAAAACUGAAAUUUCAAAUUUGGAAGUAAUAAAUAUUGGUACAUCCUUUUCAAACUCAGGAAUAAACUGUUGCGAAGUUUCACAAGAUUUUAAAAAGUACAACUGUAAUCUAAACGAAAAUAAAAUUACCAAUAUGGAAACACAGAAAUGUUUUAAGUUAGCAUUGGAACCUGAACAACAAGCAAUUCAAGAAGAUAUAUACAAAAUGGAUGUUGUAUGUUGGAAUGAAAAAAUUAAUAAAACAAUGAAUAAUCAGUUGUCGACGGAAAAUAAUUUUACAAUGGACACUUUUACAGUAGAUAAGAGACUUAAAACUAGUUUGCAAAAUUUGUUAAAACGUGCAGAAGAAGAAACUUUGAUUGUCCCUCAAACAAAUUCACUGCAAACAGUUUCUGCUGCAUCCAAACUUUGGAAAUUUGUAACUCUGAAAGACCUAGAAAAUAAAAAUCUAUUAGAUUCUUCGAUAAGCGGUAACACUAAUAAUUCAAAUGAUACUAAUGCAUCAAACGAUAUAAAGAAAUUAAAUGGAAAAAAAGCGUCAGGAUUGUCAAAUAUAUAUCCAAAACCAGCUCAAUUGCAAAUGCUUCAGAAGAGUUUAAAUAUUACGCAAACAGUGGGAUGUGAGAGAAAGGACAAUACGGAAAAUUUACCAUACAAAUCUCCAGCGAAGCAAACAGAACGAAAUAAUGUGAAUAUUUUACAACAAACUGCAUCUGUUACAGAAUUAGCUACAUUUAAGAAACGUUACUACGAUACGCUACUGAAUAUUCAACAAGCUAAAGUGGCAGUGGCAAAUUCCUUGGCAAUAUCAUCUGUGGAAAAUUCCACUAAAUACGAUCCGUAUUAUUCAAAUCGCUCGUAUCAUCAUCAUCAUCAUCAGCAGCAGCAGCAGCAGCAGCAGCAACAGCAGCAGCAGCAGCAGCAGUUGUUGCAACAACAUGAACAAUUAACUGUAAAUCCACAAUUUGCAGUGCAUACUAUGGCUCAAUCAAAAUUAUCAAACAUACAUAACACUCCGUACACCUGGGUGAGAUAUAAUGAUUGGAGACAUCCAACAAUGAGACAAUUAAAAUACCCACAACAAUCCCUGUUUCACCAUUCAAGGAACAAAGAGAAUUCUAUACUACAUUAUGUAAAAACAGUGGAUAUUCAGUGUUUCGCGCAAGAUAAAAGUAAGGAAAUGAAGCAAUGUGUACAACGUAAAAAACUAGAGGAUAUAGUUGGAAAAUUGAAAGAGAUAGAAAACAUUAAUAUAAACGAUUAAAGGAU